AUGUUCACUUCCCUAGCCGUCCCGCUCGCUGGAUCAAAGCGAGAUGCGGCCGCCCUGAGCGGUGAUGACGCCCAACGCCAAAACCAAUCGUCAUCCCAGGUGACAGGUACGGGCCAGAAGGAGUACCCAGCUGAACACGUCAAUCCACAGGCUGUGUGCUGCAGUCAUUGCCCGGAAGUGCGCCCGUCUAAGCGCAGGGCCUCAGCGCACCAGGUUGGCGAGUUUCACAACCUGACGGCAGAGUCGCACCCACCCAUCGGCACAGACCAGCAGUUUCCAGACGACUGCUUCGAGAAGUUCUGCCAGGAAUGCAACUUCGAUGCUACUUGUCCGCCAGACUGCGAGCUGGCGUGUCCAGGCGACGAUGUCUGCGAUGCCGUCUGUACUCCAGACGAUGCCUGCUUCGACCCCCACUGUUCCCAAAGCCCUCCCCAGUGCUCAGAUGGUUGUGUUGACCCUGAGUGCACAAAGCUCUCGUGUCCAGAUCAGCCGUGCUUCUGCCAGAAGUGCGAUGCUCAGCCUUGCCCUUUGGGUGACCCAGACAACGACUGCCACUUUGCACACUCAGCCCCCACUGGCGCCGGCACCAUAUACUGUUACGACAACGCAUCUUGCCACUUCCAAGAAAGGUAUCCCAACCAUACUGGUCCGCUUGCAGCAUACGAAACCUAUCCAUGCUUCUCUCAGGCUCACACACAUUUCGCCGGAGACAGUGCCUCAACACACGCCUCUACCGCCCCCACUCCUCUGCUAUCGCCUAGCAACUACACCUCUUUAGAGAGCGCUUUCACCAGCGAACCUUCUCCUGCACCCGGGCAGACCACAUUCACCAACAACUGCUUCCUCGACAUCAGUGGGGACCACUGUCAUAUCGACAACUCUUGCUGUCAUGGACCGAGCAGAGCCUGUGGAGAUUAUCCCGCGGCGUCUCAACAAAAUCUCGACUUAUGGAACAGCUCCAUAGCCCGAGGCAACGGACUGUCCAAUGGCUUCAUGAACUUUGGGCUUCACAGUCAGCCCACCUCGCCAACGACUAUGAGUGGGAUGUCGAGUGCGAACAUGUUCAGCAACCACUUUGACAAUUCGAUGUUAGGGUUCAAUGACAACUCAUGGAUGCUUCCCGGCUCCUCAUUUGAGAACGCCUUCCCUUCCAACGGCAUUGGUGCCAGCAAACUUGACUCCCUAGCUUCGGCCAUCCAGAACGAGAUAAUGAAUCCCAUAAACUCUCUCACGGCCACCCCUUCGAUAGACACUAACUCGAUCGUCGACACUCCAAACCACUCCAGCACAUCAUCGGGCGAAUCCAGCCGCGCCUGCAAAUGGCAACACGCCCCGGGCCUUCUCUGCCUCGCCGUCUUCCCUUCCGCCUCCGCUCUCCAUAAGCACAUCAAAACCGCUCACGUCGACAACUGUACCUCCUGCUUCUGCCAGUGGGAAGGCUGCGACGCCUCAGCCAAAGACUUCAAGCAACGCUCCAAGCUCUCGCGACACUUGCUAGGCCACGCAGGCUACCGACCCUACGCAUGCAGUUACGCGGGCUGCGACAAGACAUUCGCUACCAACCAAGCAAAGGAUAAUCAUGAGAGGACGCACACAGGUGAGCGACCGUACGUGUGUGAUCGCUGUGGGUACACGACGACGACGCACACGCAGCUACAGACCCAUAUCAGCGCGCUGCACGAAGGGAAGAAACCGCACAAGUGUCGGUUCUGUGAGUUUACAUGUGCAGAUAGCAGCAAUUUGAGCAAGCACGAGAGGACCCACCAGACCCUCCGUCCAUACCGCUGCCCCCACGCAAACUGCACAUUCAAGCCCGACUGCCGCUGGGAAAACCUCAAGCGGCAUCUGCGCCGGUCGGGUCACUGUCCCGAGCUGCUGGUCGAAGCAAGCGAGGAGUACAAAAGCUACAGGGGAAGCGUGCGAAGAGAGAUUGACAAUUGGCACAAGAGAAACGGGGACGAGGGGAUGGGGAAGAUGAGUAGACGGAAAGGGAGAGGAUCUGUUGGGUAG